CGAGGACCUCUGCCCAGGCCAGUCGAUGCGACCAGAUAGCCAGCGCCCAACCGACUCUUUGCGCACGACCUAUUGAUUGCCGACCUCAAUCUAGCGAAGUCCAAGCGAAGGAACACUCGCAUUCACAAUGUCGUCCGGUUUCGGCCUCAACGGAGGUCCCUCACGAUGCUUUCCAUUCUGGCAGGAGGUCCUUGCCUGCUACGUUGUCAACACGUCCGCGGAGAACGACUCCGGCAAGGCCAAAUGCGUGCCGGUCUUGGAGGAUUACUAUGAAUGCUUACACCACCGAAAAGAGGCCAACAAAAUCGCCGCUCUACAAGCCGCCUACCGCCGGCGCGAAGCCACGAUACCGAAGGACGAGCGACCCGACGUCGGAGAGGUACGAAAACUAGGACUACUUGAGGCUACGGAUGCGGAGAAGAACAUCAAGCAUGGCAACUGGCUACCGACAUACAAGUCGAACAACCCGAAAUGAGUGUGAGGGACAACGAACUGUUUCUUCUUUUUCUUUUUCUCGGCUUGGAGGGUGUUGUGUAAAUAUAGACCUCGCGCGGGUCGCGCGCUCCUG